AUGGAGAUCGCGUCAAUCUGUAUGCUACUUACAGCUACACUGAGCAUCCAACCCGACACAUCGCAGUUCUUUCGGUAUGACAACAUAUAUCUUAAGUGUGAUACGCCACCAAAUUCUACCGGUUGGACACUAAGAAAGAGUCAUGCGUAUCAUACACCGGAACCCUGUGAUGACAGCUGUGUACUUUGCGAUGUGUACCCCUCAGAUAGUGGAAUGUACUGGUGUGAGUCCGAGCAUGGCAAUUGUACCAGUAACACAAUCAACGUCACGGUUGUAGCCGGUGUUGUGCUAUUGGAGAGCCCUACACACCCUGUGAGUGAGGGAGAUGAAGUGACAUUGAGCUGCAAAUACAAGGGCAGAUACUCAAAUACCCCUACAACACAGUUUGCAGCCACGUUCUACAAGAACAACAUUCCUAUUGCUGGCGGACACAACGGGACCCUGAUAAUCCGGUCCGUAUCCAUAUGCGACCAAGGUUACUACAAGUGUAAGCAUCCUACGAAAGGAGAGUCACCUGAGAGCUGGUUGGAUGUGAUAGCCAGCCCCCGGACUGCAGCUGGCGCCCAGUGUGAACUGGAGGUUGCAGCUAAAGACCACGUAACCCUUCCAUGUCAGAUGUACACAUCCGACUACCCCACAUACAUAGUGUGGCGUAAAGCCGAGUCGGGUUAUGUGUAUAUCUACUACGAUGGGCAGGAACGCACAGUAUACCCUUACCUAGACUGCGUGGAGCGGAAACAUCCAGGGACAAGGACUGGAGACGCCUCUAUUAUUAUGAGGAAUGUGAGCACGUAUGAUGCUGGAACAUACACGUGUGGUGUAGUAGUAGCAGUCGGGGCACGUGAACAAUAUGAUGUAAAGCUGACUGUCAUAGAAGAUGAUCCCAUAUAUCCCGUAGGAACCCAACCUACAAUUGUAAGUAUGGGCACCGUGACCACCGUCUCAAAUGUGUACGUGUUGGGACUUGGUCUGCUGAUAGCCAGCCACUGGCAUGUAUAUGUAUAA